AUGAUUUUUGCAAAGGAAUUAGAAAAAACCUCAAUUAUGUAUUCGGUGUGUUUCGGAUUGAAGAUUACUUUAAUGAGUGACUUGUAUUUGGAACUACAAGAUUCAAGAAAAUUUAAGAUUUGCUUCUAUCGUGUUAAUAAUUUUGCCCAGCAAACCAAAGGAUACAGUCCUAUAUUAACAUUUAAGGUGUCAGAAUUUGACGAAACCUUAAAAAAGUUAAUUCAUUAUGGUGCUCAAUAAGAACAUAAUAUUUAGGAAUAAGACAAUUAAAAAGUAGUUUAUAUUACAAAUAAUUGA